GUCAGCGCUUGAUAUCUUUUCGCAGGCGGGAGUUCCGCGCGGCCUUUUCCUCGCUGCAGCUGCAAAUGAGAAGAAGCGUUUUAACCGCGCGUGCAGACAGUGUGAAACUCUGCACCCUCUUCAUCUUCAUUAUCACGCGUCAACGUGAUUGUGAUUUUUACAACUGAUUCCCCUCAUUCCUGCCUUCACUCGCGAGUUCCUGCAGAUCUCGUCGCGUUAGCGCGCGUCAGGAUGGAGUUGAUCACAAUCCUCGAGAAAACCGUGUCUCCAGAUCGGAAUGAGCUGGAGGCUGCGCAGAAGUUUCUGGAGCAGGCAGCCGUCGAGAACCUGCCAACCUUCCUGGUGGAGCUCUCCAAGGUGUUGGCGAAUCCUGGGAACACGCAGGUGGCGCGUGUGGCUGCUGGUCUGCAGGUGAAGAACUCUCUGACAUCAAAGGAUCCGGAUGUGAAGACCCAGUACCAGCAGAGAUGGCUGGCCAUCGACGGCAGUGCACGCAGAGACAUCAAGAAUUUCGUGCUGCAGACUCUGGGCACAGAGACGUAUCGGCCGAGCUCGGCUUCACAGUGUGUGGCUGGUAUCGCAUGUGCUGAAAUCCCUGUGAAUCAGUGGCCAGAGCUCAUCCCUCAGCUGGUGGCGAAUGUGACCGGUCCCAGCAGCACAGAGCACAUGAAAGAGUCCACGCUCGAGGCCAUCGGAUACAUCUGCCAGGACAUUGAUCCAGAACAUCUUCAGGACAAUGCCAAUCAGAUCUUGACAGCCAUCAUUCAGGGCAUGAGGAAAGAGGAGCCCAGCAACAAUGUCAAACUGGCUGCCACUAAUGCAUUGCUCAACUCACUGGAGUUCACCAAAGCCAACUUUGACAAGGAGACCGAAAGACACUUCAUCAUGCAGGUUGUCUGUGAAGCCACACAGUGUCCUGACACCAGGGUGAGAGUUGCUGCGUUACAGAAUCUGGUGAAGAUCAUGUCCUUAUAUUAUCAGUACAUGGAGGCAUACAUGGGCCCUGCACUGUUUGCGAUCACAAUAGAGGCCAUGAAGAGUGACAUUGAUGAAGUGGCCUUACAGGGAAUUGAGUUCUGGUCCAACGUCUGUGAUGAGGAGAUGGAUCUGGCUAUUGAAGCCACUGAGGCAUCUGAACAGGGUCGUCCUCCAGAGCACACCAGCAAAUUCUACGCUAAAGGAGCUCUGCAGUAUCUGGUGCCCAUCCUCACACAAACACUCACCAAACAGGAUGAGAAUGAUGAUGAUGAUGACUGGAACCCAUGUAAAGCUGCUGGUGUGUGUCUCAUGCUGCUGGCCACAUGCUGUGAGGACGAUGUGGUGCCUCACGUGCUGCCCUUCAUCAAAGAGCACAUUAAACACCCUGACUGGCGCUACAGAGACGCCUCCGUCAUGGCGUUUGGCUCCAUCCUAGAGGGACCUGAACUCAACCAGCUCAAACCGCUUGUCAUUCAGGCCAUGCCGACGCUCAUAGAGCUGAUGAAGGACCCCAGUGUGGUAGUAAGGGACACAACUGCAUGGACAUUAGGACGCAUCUGUGAUCUGCUACCUGAGGCAGCCAUAAAUGAGGUGUAUCUGGCCCCUCUUCUCCAGUGCCUGAUUGAGGGUCUCGGGGCUGAACCUCGCGUGGCCUCCAAUGUCUGCUGGGCAUUUUCCAGUCUGGCUGAAGCUGCUUAUGAAGCAACAGAUGCUGCAGAAGACCAGGAGGAGCCCAGCACUUACUGUCUAUCCUCUUCCUUUGAACUCAUCGUACAAAAACUACUGGAGACAACAGACAGGCCGGAUGGUCAUCAAAAUAACUUGCGGAGCGCGGCAUAUGAGGCUCUUAUGGAGAUAGUGAAGAACAGCGCAAAGGAUUGUUACCCAGCGGUUCAGAAGACCACGCUAGUCAUCAUGGAGCGACUGCAGCAGGUCCUGCAGAUGGAGUCUCACAUUCAAAGCACGUCAGACAGAAUCCAGUUCAAUGAUCUUCAGUCUCUGUUGUGUGCCACCCUGCAGAACGUGUUGCGGAAGGUGCAGCAUCAGGAUGCGCUGCAGAUAUCAGAUGUGGUGAUGGCGUCUCUGCUGCGCAUGUUUCAGAGCACGGCUGGCUCAGGUGGGGUUCAGGAGGAUGCGCUCAUGGCUGUCAGCACUCUAGUGGAAGUGUUGGGCAGUGACUUCUUGAAAUACAUGGAUGCCUUCAAGCCUUUCCUGGUAAUUGGAUUGAAGAAUUAUGCUGAAUAUCAGGUGUGUUUGGCUGCGGUGGGGCUGGUGUGUGAUUUAUGUCGAGCUCUCAUGGCCAAUAUUCUGCCUUACUGUGAUGAAAUCAUGCAGUUGCUGCUCGAAAACUUGGGUAAUGAAAAUGUGCACAGGUCUGUGAAACCCCAGAUCCUCUCUGUGUUUGGUGAUAUCGCUCUUGCUAUUGGAGGUGAAUUCAAGAAGUACCUGGAUAUUGUGCUGGACACUUUACAGCAGGCCUCACAGGCACAGGUGGACAAGACGGAUUAUGAUAUGGUGGACUAUUUGAAUGAGCUGAGAGAAGGCUGCCUGGAAGCUUACACUGGGAUCAUCCAGGGUUUGAAAGGAGACCAGGAGAAUGUACACCCUGAUGUAAUGCUGGUUCAGCCUCGUGUUGAGUUCAUCCUGUCAUUUAUUCACCACAUUGCUGAAGAUGAAGACCAUUCAGAUGGAGUUGUUGCCAACGCUGUAGGCCUCAUAGGUGACCUGUGUACUACUUUUGGCAAAGAUGUGAUGAAGCUAGUGGAGGUUCGACCUCAGAUCAAUGAUCUUCUGACUGAAGGCCGGAGGUCCAAGACAAGCAAGACCAAGACUUUAGCAACAUGGGCCACAAAGGAGCUACGCAAGCUAAAGAGCCAAGCUUGAUAACUGGCUGUGGAAAUUGUGUAACUGGCAUAAUGGAAAUCAAACCCACUGAGAUUCUUCUGUCUUUUACGCAUAGCAGGCAAAGCAGAAGUGACGUGUGCGCUGAGAUGAGUGUCUGAGAAUGUGAGCGAGUGCGAAAGAGUGAGAGAUAGAGUCCACCUUCAGAGUUCAGUUCCAGCAGAAAAACACACCACGCCCAAAACCCACUUCUCCAUGUGAGGACUGUCUUUGACCCCACAAAUAAAUGAUUAUAUAGGGGACUACAUUCUGUUCAUGCUUGUGCAUCAUGGUAAAAACAUGUUAAAACUGCUGGCAUGUCUCUAUUUAGCAAAAGAAAGGACAGUUUUGCACAUUGUACUUCUGCAGAGCACAUUUUUGGGCACUUAUUUGGCGUUACGACUGGAUUGUUCCCACAAUGCACUUGAGAAGAUAUAACAUGGGGAAAGAAAUGACACUGCUGGAUUUGAUAGUGGCGUGACUGGAGUGUGAGUGAUCGGAGGGGUUUGCGGUUUCUACAUCCCCUUCUUAAUAUUUCAACUGAUAAUAAAUAAACGUGAUAAAUAUCUUGUUGUAAAUUCAGUGAGAUGCACUUAAUGUAAACAUGGGAGAGCGGAGGAGUCGGCAGCGCCUGGCAGCACUUGGGUGAACUGGCGAAGGCCAUUUAUCCUGCUUUUUCUGCAAUUAAAUCAUUGCAGGUUUUUUUUUUUUUUUUUAUAUAUAUAAAUAGUUCUUAUUAGUAUGUUAAUAUGGGUAAUACAGAUAUACAGCGCUUUUGCCUGCCCUGCAAAGGGAAGAAUAUAGCCACUCGAGAGGUGAAAAGCGGAGCAGUCAAUUGUUCAAGGGGAUCAGGAAUUAGAUGCAAUGUCUAACACUUAAACAGCCUCUCUAUUCCUCCCUAUUUGUUUUGCAGAAAAACAAGUGCCAAAUCCAUGCAAUUACCAAUGGACUUGAGCUUAAUGAACAUGCAUUAACAUUAGAAUUUUCCAAAUAAAUGUGUCACCUCCUCCUUGAUUUGAAUUGAUGUGCUUUGCUUGUUUUUUUUCUUUCUUGCGGCACUAAAUUGAAGUCACCCAGUUUAAAAAUUAAAAAAAAUGACAAUGGAGAGAAUCAAACAUUUGUAUGAGGUUAUAUUUUUCCAUUGAUAUGACAAUAAAAUGCAAUUAAACAUU